GCGAACGGACGUCUUCAGCGCACAAGUUCAGAAAUUCUAGAAGACUACGCCCCCAUCUUCAGGCUUGCUGUACCUUACUGGAACUAAAUCAGAUCAGAUCAGCUGUGUGUAACUGAAUCACACCCAGCAGUUCAAAACACCCAAUCCAGAAGUCAAUGUCCUUUGCAGGAAAAAUAAUAUCACCAGUACACUCGUUUAGAUAUGUAGAGGUGUACUCUCAGAGUACCAGACUGAAAGUCUACCGAGAAUGUUGGAAAUGUAGAGGUGUACUCUCAGAGUACCAGACUGAAAGUCUACCGAGAAUGUUGGAAAUGUAGAGGUGUUACUCUCAGAGUACCAGACUGAAAGUCUACCGAGAAUGUUGGAAAUGUAGAGGUGUACUCUCAGAGUACCAGACUGAAAGUCUACCGAGAAUGUUGAAGAAUCAGGCGCCUUAUAAAAUCACAAUCCCUAUAAGUAGCAGCAGCGCCACCAAUAACAAACAUCAUCGGUAUCCACAAUGCAGCAGAUAGGCGCCCUCAUUCCUCUUGCCACCCACCAGUUCCCUCAACAUCCAUGCCGAGUAUACACUAAAGGUGGAGGAAGAUCCAAUUACUGCCAACUUGUGAUGCCCGUUGGCCAAGCAUAUCUCCUCCAGCACCAGGUCAAGGCUGCUCCUAGAGCACCCACCCCCCUACAAACUGUGACUACUGUGAACACAAACCAGGAUUCCACUAUAAGGAAGGAUAAAUAUUUCGAAGUUGAGAUGAAAGUUCAUGACACAGAACUCGACAAAUAUGGUGUUGUCAACAAUGCUAUCUACAGUAGUUACAUUCAAAAUGGUCAUGACAAGCUAUUGGAAAGCCUUGGAAUCAGUGUAGACUCGAUGGUAUCCAAAGGCAGUGCACUCGCUCUUUCAGAAGUACAUCUAAAGUACAUUGCACCUUUAAGGCAUUGCCAGAGUGGUGAUAGGUUUGUCGUCAAGGUGAAGCUCGGGCAAAUCAAAGGUGUAAGACUGAUCCUUGAGCACACAAUUGAGACACUGCCAGAUCAUAAGCUCGUAUUGGAAGCCAAAGGAACACUUGUUUGCCUUGACAAAGACUAUCAUCCAACUCGCAUAUUCCCAGAGGUCUCAACAAAAUUUCUGCAGUUCUUCUCAUCCAAGGAUGACUAAAGCUUUGAAAGGAAUUGCUACUACUAUUAAUAAGACCUAAUGUAUGUGCUCUCCUGGAGCACAACAUUGCAACUGAUAAACAAUAUCGAUCACCAUAUAUCAAUAAAAACAAUUGUAUUUUGCAGUGCUGCUUGAAUGCUUGAGCUGAUCUUAAAAUGGUUUACAUCUC